AAUAUAGUCAAUAACGAAGCUACGCUACUGCCCUAAGCUCGGGACAUGCUCGAGAGAACGCUGCUGCCGUGAGAGGGCGGAAUAUCUCAAGCGCGCGUGCGGUUGCUUCGUUGGAUAUCUCCCGUUGUUGGCGAGGCGCAGACUUGUGCCAGUUCCUCGUGAGAGUUGAUCGUCGUCGCAGGUAGACGUAGUUUUAACGCGAGUCGGAACGGUCACGCGGCUGGGUUUUAUCAGUGAAGUGAAUAUAGGUAUCCGCCUUGCACGCGUUCGCUGCUGCGAAGCAAAAACACAAACAGAACUCCGGAUUUUCGUGUACGACGCGCGAUCCAAACAUUCGGAUUUUGGCGAGUUUUAUCUAAAUUAUGAUAAUUUCUACGCGGUUGCGUCGUUUUCUCCUGUGUUCGCUCGGUGGGCAAGGAAUUGUGUAGUUUUAAUUAAUUUAUUCUCUAGAAGCAAACUCGAAUGGACCGCGAAGGUGAAUUAUAACAAAUGAUCGCAUAACAAGAGCAGAAUAUCAACCCAAAAGAAACGAGAAGAUUAUUAAAGAAGAAAAAAAGGCUAUAUCGAAGUGUAGAGAAGAAAAGUUUCACGUCUGAGACGAGAGUGUGCACUGUUAUAGCGUCUUGGUUUUAUGAGAUGAACGUUGCUGUGUUGUUCUCUCGUUCGCCGGAAUCGUCAUCAUUGAGCUGGAGAAGACGAGAGACUCUUCCGUACCAACACGCGGUAGUGGAAUGUGUUGUGUAGCUGUAGUGGCAGCGGUUUCCAGUGGAUUUCUCUCAGCAUAUUGUUGUCUUCGGUGAUACGUACACCGAAGGUGAAGACGAUCGUGUGGGGAAGAUCUACAAGAGGAGAGUGAAAACAUUACGAGCAUAAUCCUAACUGUGACAGCCACUCGUUCCGAACAAACGAGUGUGAAUAUAAAAGCUUUUAAACAAGAUUAAAAUUCAAUCGAUUGGUGCGGUAAUUGUUAAAGUACUCCAAACAGCUUUGAUUGAGUGGAUGGCGUAGAUCCACUUGCAAGUUCAAUAAUCCUUCGGUUGGAAAGCGUUUCAUGAACAAUCGCAACAUGGCAAAGGGAAUUGCGUUGCUGAUAUUGUUGGCAGUUUUCAGUCCAGCACUGUCUGCGUCAGACUUUGCCACCCAACGUACAUGUGAGCCUAUAAGAAUCGAACUAUGCCGUGGAAUAGGCUAUAACGAGACAUCCCUACCCAACUUGGUAGGACAUGAACUGCAGACCGAUGCAGACUUCACGCUACAGACCUUUUCCCCUCUGAUCCAGUACGGCUGCAGUAAGCAACUGAAGUUUUUCCUGUGCGCUGCAUAUGUUCCGAUGUGCACUCCAAAAGUCCCCAUGCCUAUAGGACCAUGCCGAGGUUUGUGCCUUACCGUGAAAACCCUUUGUCAUCCUAUCCUGCAAGGAUUUGGCUUCCCAUGGCCUUCGGCACUGGACUGCAAUCGCUUUCCAGAGGAGAACAACCAUGAACACAUGUGCAUGCAAGGUCCCGGCGAACCAACAGAUGGCGUUGUAAUGAUCUCUAAGAACGAUCGCCCCACAUGUCAAGGAUUGAUUAAGUCUCAUCUGUACGUGCGGCUUAACCGAUCGGGACGUUGCGCACCGCUUUGCGAAGCCGAUAUCAUGUUCGAGCAAAACGAAAAGCACUUUGCGGAAGUAUGGCUCACAUCUUGGAGUGUGGCCGCUCUCUUUACGGCCAUUAUAGCGACCCUCUGUCUAAUUCUAUCGACUAAACGAUGGGACAAGAUUCUGAUGCCGCUGGUCAUCAGUCAUUGCCUGGUCACGGUCGGCUGGGCAGUUCGCUGGCUGGCAGGACGCAAUGCAACCGCUUGUGGCUACGACACACAACUUCCGGGCGUUUCGCUUCUGCUAACGGAUGGCCUCAUGACGGCGCCAUGUGCGGCCACGUUCCUACUGCGCUACUACUUCGGCAUGUCAGCAGCUGUUUGGUGGGCGAUUCUGUGCUUGCGUUGGAGCAAAUCGGUUCGCCGGUUGCUGAACAACGACCUAAGUGGCGAUCCGCACGCAGAGAAAACCGAAUCGUCGUACAAUACGCUGUUCCAGUUGGCCGCUUGGGGACUUCCGGCGCUGCAAACUGUGAUUGUGCUGGUGGUUCGACUGGUCGAUGCGGAUGAACUGUUUGGUUCAUGCUUCAUCGGCAACCAGUCCGACCGUGCGUUGCUCGGAUUCGUCGUAGUCCCGCUGCUAACCUACUGGGUCAUCGGAUCGGGCUAUCUCUUCACGGCGUACCUCCGGAAACGAUCAUCUUCCGCGCUACUGGUCAACAACCUACCCGUACACAUCAACGGAAUGGGCAAGUUCCUGUUCAUCUAUUCCGUUCCGAGCUUCCUCAUGUUGGUGAUAAUGUUCUACGAGUUCGCCUACCGGGAGAACUGGCUAAGUGUGCCCCACCCUUCGCUGGAACCGGUUUCCUCGAUGAUGGCUCCCAUCUGGCCGUUUAUCCUGCGAGCGGUGAUAGAACUCCUAGUUGGAGUUUUGGCCUCCGCGUGGGCUGUAGGUCCUCGAAUAGCCGGUCUGUGCCGGAGUAAGAUCAACAACCAGGUCUACAAACAACCGCAGCCAAAGUUCAACACCUCCCCGUACUCGGCGGCCUCCUAUCAGACGGUGGUAUGCCCCCAGAACUCGUUGGUGUCCGUUUCGAUAGGGAAACUGCCGCCACGGCACGCGAGGAAGUACCCCUCGCAUUCGCACAUCAACCGAAAACCUCGCACCUACAAGGCGUCUUCGCAAACGAUGAGCCUCACCGGCAACGAGACGGUGCUGUAGGCGAGGUUGUAAAUUAGCUUGGAGCUUGGGGACAACGCAGGGAACUGGUCCGAUGACAACAACCGCGGCCAAGUGGUGGUCGCUUAUUGGUGUACCAUGUUACGUGUCAGCGGCGCUGGAAAAAAAUGUGAUAUUAAUUGUAAAACGAAGUUUAAAUUAUUUUAUUUGGAUUUUUAUGUGAACUUGUGUAAAAGAUAGCCUGAAAAUUGGCUCCGUAGGUAGGACGCUAUUAGGGUACGUAAACGAUGCGCGAUAUAUUGAGUCGGUGUUUUUUUCCGAAAUGGGUACUUAAGAAAACGUUUAAUUAUAUGUUGCAAGGAAACAUGUUGCGUUGGUCGCGAGGUUUGCUCAGUGAUCGAGGAUGGUGAGGUAGUGAUAGGCAAAGGGGUUUUACGACACCGUUUUAAAAAGUUGGCAGCGCUACAUGCAGAUCAAUGCGGAGAUUCAGCAAUCGCCGGACAAUGAACUUCGAACAGCAAUAUCGAGUAUAUUUAUAUAAUACGACAAUAAUUAGCAUCUCGUUUAUCUUUGCUCAAACAAGGGCAAGGGUAAACUGCUAGGCGACAUAAACGCAGUGAUGGUUUCAACUGAUCACUUUUUCGAAAACGGUGUUCCUAUAGUCUUUCUUGUCAUCUUUAGUAUAUCUAUGGGAAACCCAAUCAGCACUACAUUUAACAAACCGCAUCGAAUCAACACCGCUCGGAGAACGACUGAGCACAGACAAAUAGAGAAGGUUUGUCGCAUUUCACAGGCGAACUUAAAUGUUUUUCGUCGUUAUUCAAACAAUUUACAGCGAUUCUAAAGUAACCAUUUCAGAUCUUUAUCUUUAUUAACGAGAUUUUUAGUCCUGGGCUAGUUUAUCUCGGAACCAACGGCUUUACUUCCCUUCCGAAG